AAAACCCACCUUCUUCUUCCUUUCAAGACAAAAGGGUUUACUUGACUUCACUUACAUGAUUCCACUCUUAUUUCUUAAUCCCUGUUCUCGCAUCCACGAACUGCUUAAUUAUACCUCAUUCCGUCGUAACAGUUUUGGUGGUAAAAUAUUUUUCUGCACACUUCAAAUUUCAAUCUCUGUGCUUUUGGUGCUUCUCAGGUCAACCCCUGUUAUUGUUUUCAUCUUCACUUCGACAGUUUUCACCACUUUGUAUGUUCAUCCUUUUGCAGUGGCAGCUUAGAUGUCGCUAGCCACUAGAAUGGACACCCAGAGGGAAACCGGUAUUCUUUUUGAGACAUUCACGUGGAAGAUUCAGAAUUUCUCAAAACAAAACACCAAGAAACUACAAUCCAAGGCCUUCCGAAUCCGAGGUUAUAAAUGGCGUAUUCGUUUGUAUCCAUUAAUGAGAAAUGUCGACCAUUUUUCGUUAUAUCUGAUGGUUGCGGAUUCUUUACCACCCUACGGAUGGAACAGAAACACAUAUUUCAAGUUAUCUCUGGUUAAUCAAUUGGAUGGGAAUAAGUCGGUUGUAAAGGAGACUCAGCAGAAGUUCAAUGGCGGAUAUCGUAGCUGGGGCUCGUUUUUCGUGAACCGAAGUGUCUUCUUUGACUCAAAGCAAGGGUAUCUUGUGAACGACACAUGCAUCAUUGAAGCUCAUGUUUGUGUCUCCGAUUUUAGUAGUACAAUCGAAGUUAACAAGUUGAACACAAUCUGUGCAACUUCCAACGCUAAGUUAGGUGAUGAAGCAAGAAGAAAUUCAGAAUCCACACAGCAGGAAGUUGAUAAAGAAACAGAAACAGAAACAUCAGAUGAGUGUGAGACGCUUAGUUCAAGCAGCUGUGGAUCUAGUCAAACAGAAGGGGAAGUUAAAAGUUCGGAUUUGACGCUAAAAGACCUUCUAGAUUUGGCGAGUUUAGGGAAAGAAGAAGCAGCUUUUGUUCCACUGUUGGAAGAGGCAUGCAUAUGGCAUCCUUCCCUUAUAAGAAGCCAGAGGAAAAGUUCAAGAUGGUUCAAACUAUGGGCAUUCACAUCCUUAGGUCAAGUUCUAUACUUACUAAAGACAAGUAAGGCAAAGGAUAUGAAUGAAGAUGCAUGCAAUCGUCUUCAUGGUUUAUGGGAGGAACUUGUAAAACAUUCGGGAUUUCAGUUGUCUUGGUUGGAGCCUUAUGUUCAAUCUGCAUUGGGUAUGAAAGCUCAUUUGGAAAAGACAGAAGAGGUCAACAAACUGAAAGACAGUGUUGUCGCUUUGGAGAUUAAAAUGAAGAAGCUGAGGGGAGAAUUGGCAGCUGCAGAAGCUGAGUUUGAGGUAACAAGGAGGGCAUUAGUUGAGGCCAGAAAAGGUUUCAUAGAGUUGGAUUUUAAUACUGAAUUAGGUUAUGCUAUGUUUUAGACACUAUAAUAUUGUAUGUAUAUGGCAAAAGUACAAAAGUAGUGUUUUUUUUUUUAAUUAUUGAAACGCAUA